UGAGAAGUGGUAGAGGAAGAACUCGAGGAAGAAGAAUUAGCGGCAAACUUUAUGUUGGACGGUGAAAAGCAGAAUCAAAAGAUAUCAAUUUCCGCGAAGUUAACAGUUAAAUAACCAACAUACAGGCGGCCAAGUGUGCCAGCAGACCGCGAAACAUUCGAAGUAAACAAAUUCAAGCGUUUUCCAUUCAGUUUAUCAUCGCUGCCCAACAAACGAAACUCCCCGAGUGUAUUGCUGUGUGCGUGCGUGCUGUUUAAACGCCCACCAGAAAGACUGAAACAAGGAGCUUCGGCCCAAAAGCGAUCCCAGCUCCUUAAACUCAUUCUCGUCAAGAACCACAGCCACAUCCUAGCCCAUCCUCCAGCGCAGCGGGAAGACGAGGAGCGCGGCGGUGGCGAGAAGGAAGCUAACGCUAAUGAGGAUCUAUUGGCAGCAUGAGUACACUGGGGGGAAGUAGGGGAGAGCGAAAUGCCAAGCCCAAAUUCACAGCGUUAGAUAUAAAUCGCAUGUACAAGAAUAGCCGCGGCGAGUCAAGUGAACCAUCUGCACAAAAGAAUCAAGUGCCACGUAAACAUGGAAUGCAAAUCUUGGGCAAAGUGCCGUCCGCUAGGCGACCACCAGCCAAUUUGCCAUCCCUGAAGGCCGAGACCCACACCAGCAGCAACAACAAUCUCUUAGUCUCAGUCGAAGGAGCCACAUCUGGUGGGGCGGGCGCAGGCGGAGCAGCGGGAUCUGGCGCGGCAGGAACCAACACUAGCCACAACAACACCACUGCCCACAGCGGAAGUUCAGGAACGAGCGGCGGAGCGGGAUCAGGCGGCGGAGGAACUGCGUCUUCAUCUGCUGGUGGCCAUCUAUCCCAGCAGCUGACUCACAGCCAGCAUCAGCACAAUAAUAACGUCGCUCUCGGCCCUAACGCCGGAAAGUUUGUCAACAGCAACAACGGCAGCAGCAACAACAACGCCGGCAGCUCAGGCAGCGGCAACAAGAACUUCAAAUUAAUCAACAACUCCGUGGGCAGUUCCGGCGGAGGCGGACAAGGAGGGUCGGGCGGCGGCGGAUCGUCAGGAGUAGGAGGUGGAUCAGGGUCAGGAUCGGGCGGACACUCAGUCAACUCACCCAAGACAUGGUCUGCAAUUACCACAGGACACGAGCGGGGCUCGGGCGGUCAGAACUAUGGACGCCAGCAACAGCAGGUGGUCCCCCAUUAUCAGAGUCCACAGUUCCAGUACGAAUUUCCCACGCUGGACGGCACAGUUGGCAGCGGCGCCGGCGGAGGAUCGGGAGCGGGUGUGGGUUCAGGAUCUGGAGCGGGCAAGAGCCAUUACCAGAAUCAGGUGCACCAUGCCGGCCACCAAAACCAUCACCAGCAUCAGCAGCACCACCAGCAGCAUCAACAGCACCACCACCAGCAGCAACAGCACCAUCGGGACUACCACCAUGGCCACGGGCGCCAGUAUGGACACCACUCGCAUCGCGACUACAGAGAUGGCAGCGACGACGUCGGCGGCGGGUCCGCGGAUCUGGGCGAGCUCAGCCUUCGGCCACAGAACGACACGGCCGCCUGGUUGCAGCAGCAGGAGAAGGCGGCCAAGGUGGCAGCAGCUGCGGCAGCGGACCAGGGCCUCAACCUACAGGGCCCGGGCCACCAUCAGAUGGGCGGUAAUGGCGGAGCAGGAGGAGGGUCGGGCGGAGCUGUGCCCCUGCCCAUACUAUCGCUGAUGCCCUCGUUCAUGCGUAGCGGAGCUCCGAUGCCCGCCAGUGGAGCGACAGCGGCCAGCAUCUUGGCCGGCGGAUCGUUGGACACUUCUGCGUUGCCCAACGCUCCCUACCAGAACGGAAUCCUGGGUGCUCGGUCUGCCUCGCCAGCUGUGGUGGGCAGUGGAAGCUUCAGGGCGGCCACUGCCAUUCCCAAGCGACCACCGACCUCCUCGUCGCCCCCACAAUCUGGCCUAGGCAUUGGAGGAUCACCCACUCCCCCACAAUCCCAGCAGCAGGCCAACGGAGGCGCUGGCGGAGCCGGGCGCAAGGAUAAGGACUACGUGGUGGAGCCGGAGGUGGCCCAAAUGCAGCGUCCUAUCAUACGCGAAGAGGACUUGGAGCGCCUCAACGCCAUCGCCAAGGACGAUAGCUGGACCAAGCAGGACGACAUUGACUUCACGAAGAAACUAGCAUUCUCGGACGAUGAGUCCACUCCGGAAGAGCACCAAGGCCAGGGCAAGCAGCACAGCUCCGCCCAACUGCAGGCGCAAGGAUCCUCCUCCUCAACCGAUCAACGAAAGCUGUCCGCUUCCACAACCAGUUGGCAGCGCGGCAAGGAGAGCACCGAUCGCGACCAGCCAUCGGAAGGCAUUCAGGAUCAGCAGCAGCAGCUUCAGCAGCAACAGCAGCAGCAAGAGGUUCGCCAACAGAAUGGCCACCGCGGUAGCUCUGGCAACGUUGGAGCACCAGUGGCCGGUGGAAUUGCCUUGGAUGCCAGCGUGUACGAGCGAGUAAAGCAGCGCAAGGAGGAGGAAGAGCGUCGCGAGAUGGAACGCAAGCAGGCGGCUGCUAAGAAGUUGCAAGAACUGGAAAUGAAGAUGAAUAGCAAAAAGGCAGCGGCUGCGGCUCUGGCUGGAGCCGAGGGCGGCGUGUCCUCUGCCUCAGUCCCGUUGAGCAAUGAGGUGCCACCCACGUCCGCACCGCUAGGCAAUGCCAGCGAAGAUGAGGGCGGAGGCCAAGGCGGCGGCGGAGGGUUGAAUCGUCGACCCCGGGGAAGCAUCUCUAGCUUGGGAAGCGGCGUAACACCCACGGGAGGAGCUGGCGGCGGCGGCGGAGGAGUUUCGUCAUCCUCGUCAGCAGGCGGCGACUAUGGUCAAAAGAACUUCCUUACCCAUUUCCAAUCAAAUUUACCACCACGUUUCCAGCGCCAGCAACAGCAACAACAGCAGCAGCUGCCGCGCUUGGAGAAGAGCGCCUCGGCAAGCAGUGCAUUCGAUAGCAAUUCCCGCUACCUCCAGAAGGGAGGAGUAAGCGGAGGAGGCGGUGGUGUAAGUGGAGGAGCGCAAGCCAAUGCUGGCCAGGGUCGCAGCAUCUCCGGCGGUUAUGUGCAGCGUGGUGCAAGUGUCGGAGGAAGCAGCGGAUACGGACGAAAUCGUCACGACAGCAGCAGUGCUCGGGAGGAUCAGGAUCUGGAUCAGCAGCGUUUCACCCGUGGCCAGGACUAUCGGCAGGCACAAGCUCUGCCGCGCAGCAUAUCUGAGAACUCGCACCGUAAGACCAGCGUCUCAUCGGCUGGCGACGAUGUGCUGGGUGGCUCGUGCUCCUCAUGGGCGGAGCAAACGGAUGCCGAGCAGAAGGUGCACCAUCGGCACCGCGAGGAGAGCUUCUCCUCGUCGCACAGCCAUGACUCGGCAGUGCAAAUAAAGAUCCUGCAACGCCCGGCCCGACAGCCGAGCCUCAGUGAGGAGUCCUCGACCCAGCAGAAACAGCUGCCCGCCUCGCCGCAGCAGCAAAAGACGCUGACGACAGAUCCCAUGCCUACCCAGAUUCUGCGACGCAGCGUGGAUAUCGAUAAGUCCGGUGAUGAGCGCGCGGAGGACAAGUCUGCAUUGGAAUCUGAUGACAAGGCGAAGUCGGCUGGCAAGGUGGAGGAGGACAAGAGCGGCAAUAAGCGGGUAAGUCCCAGGAGCGGAGCUGCUUGCGGAGGUCGAGGUGGCCGUGGUUAUGCCGGCAGCUCUGGUGGAUCAUCCGUCGGAUCGGGCAGUAGCUACCGCGGCCAGAGAAAUGCCAGCGAUUGGGGAAGCAGUCGUGGAAGCGGCGGCGCCGGCGGCAGGCGCUACUACGGCAGCGGCGGUGAGCAAUCGGAGCACUCCGAGGAUGUGGACGAGGAGUGUUACAGCAGUGGAGGAGGCGGAGCCGCUCGUCGCAGCCCAAAGGAAUCGGGCAACGGUGCGCCCAAUUCCGGUGCGUCGGCAAACAAGGCAGGAUUCUCGCCACGCGGCGAACCAUCUAGACGUGGUCGAGGCGGCCUCUCUAGCGGAGGAGGCGCCUCUGCUUCUUGUUACCGUCGACAGCCCGUGGGCACUGGAUCCGCUGGUGGAUCUGGUUCGGGCGGAUCGGGCCGCAGCUAUGGCAGACUUGGCUACGAGGAAUAUGGCAAGCAACAGCGAACUUCCGAGUCGGAGACGGACCUAGACAAGACCAAGCAGAACCAGCUGGCACUCAGCGCCGGCCUGCACAAACCAAGCAAGGAUGACAAGGAUUUGCCUGCGCUUGGGGGCGAGGAGAAGGACAAGACUGCCGCCCUGGCGCCUGCCCAUAACACUGCCCUGCUAGCAAAGGAUGAAUUACAGAAAGAUGCAGCGGGUCGCCUGCCGUUGCCUCCCGGCCUCGCAGCACCUGGCUCUGCAGUGGGAUCCGUUACUGCCACAUCCUCAUCGGUCGUAGUUCCCGGUGCAGCGGACAAGAAGAAGAUUGAAUCCUGCGCCGUUGUCGGCGGUGAGAAGGUGACGGGUAGCAAGUUGCCCGCCAUUGGGGAAAAGACUUCGCUCGGCGCCGUUGGCUCGGGUCCAUCAACCAGUCUUCUACUGGACGCCGGCGCACCCGUCAACACGAUUAUAUUUGAGAACUCCACGUACAAGCAGCAGGCAGCUGCCGCUUCCGUGGUAACCAAACCCGGAACGCUCUCGGUGUCAAGCAGUGGCGCCACCAUGACCGUGGACAGCCUGUCCAGCGCACUCUCCCAAAUGAGUUUCGGCGGCAAGGCGACGGCGGCGGGCUCUGGCGAUGAUUCGCAGGAUAUGAAACUAGGAUUUAGCUUCGGUGACGAUCCCACCACACCCCUCAAGGUUGUGGAUAACAUCGAUAAAACGGCCAGUCAGCAGCAGCAACAGCAGCAGCAACAACACUCUCAACAGCAACAACAACAGCAGCAGCAGCAAAACAAUUCGACGGCGGAUCUUAACAUGAAGAUAGCCAGCGUAAAGAAGGUUUGGGAGUCAGCCACGCCCAUGUCCGACGGCCCAUCGCCAGCACAGGUGCAGCAGCAACAGCAACAGCAGCCCCAACAGCAACAACAGUCCCAGGUGCAGGUGGCGGCGCAGCAGCAACAACAGCAGGUGGUGGGACCGCAGCAGGCAGGUGACGACGGCAGUGGUCACAUGAGCGCCGCCUCCUUUGUGGCAGCCGUGGCCGCCUCACAGCAUCAGCAGCAACACCAGCAAAUGCCGCACUACGCGGUGUCGGCGGUGCACAUGCAGAGCCACCACCACCAACAGCAGCAGCAACAGCAGCAGGCAGCGGUGGCGGCAGCGCAGGCGCAGCACCACCAGCAGCAACAGGCACAGGCGCACCACCAGCACCAUGCACUUUCCUCGCCGGGCCCGGUGCCCGGUAGUCAUGGCCAUGGCUACAGUCAUGGAUCGCCGUUCGACGCUGGAUCGUUGGAGCAACAGUUCCAGCAAGAGGAUUAUCCCAGUCCACAGCAGCAACAGCAGGCGCACCAGAAGACCAAGCAGUUGCAGCAGCAGCAGCAUCUGGGCAUGUCACCGCCGCCCAGCCAGCAGCAACAGCAGCAGCACUCGCAACAGCAGCAGCAAGCACAGCACCAGCAACAACAGCAGCAGGCCCAUCAGCAGCAGCAACAGCAGCAGCAGCCUUCAUUCUACCAGGCGUCACCGCAGUUCGGCGUUGGAGGCAUUCCCACUAUCCCCAGUCCGCCGGCCGUGGUGUACAACUCGUCGCAGAUGCCGCCACCGUCGCAGGGGGGUAAUCUGUACGCUCCAUUCCAUUCGCUCGAUCAUUCGAGCCGUUCGCCCGCCUACUCGGCGGCGGCGGCCGCCCACAGCUACCCGAACCCUUAUGCGGCAGCAGCAGCGGCGGCGGCGGCAGCGGCCGCUGGCGGAGGUCCCUUCAAUGUCAACGUGAACGCAUAUGCGAUGCAGACUCCGCACGGCGGCAGCCUACCGCCCACAGCGCCCACACCGGACAUGUACUCGAACCUCUCUUCGCAGUUUCGAUUGGGCGGUGGUCCGGGUCCCGGACCCGGUCCCUUUGGCCAGCCCAGCUCGCAGCAGUUAAGCAAUCCGAGCAAUCAUGCUGCGGUGGCUAUAAUUUCGUCAAGCAGCAACUCCAUGAUGUCGUCAGGUGCGGCCAAACCGCCGCAGAGCCAGCAGACAAUCGGUGCCAUUGGCUCCAAGUCGGCAGGUAGCGGUGGCGGUCCAGGACCAGGACCUGGUCCCUAUGCCACCACCCAGACGUAUAUGAAUCUUUAUGCGGCUCCACCGCCGCAACAUCCAGGACAAGGUGGACCACCGCCGGGUGCCCAUCAGCUGCAGUCGAACAGUUUCUACUCGAAUUCGGCGCCAGGCGGUCCGAGCGGACCACAGUUCUACGGUGGUCCGCCGCCGCAGGGCAAUGGUGGAGCGCAGAGCUAUGGACUGGCCACCGCGGCCGGCAUGUAUGGCGGCCAUCAGGGCGGACCGCCCGGCUCCAAUGGGCCGCCGGGACCGCCGCAGUCGCAGCACACGAUGGGCACGUUCAACACGCCGUUCAUGAACUCGCAGCUGCUGACGGCGGCCAGCAUUAAUCAGUACCGCGGCGGACCAACGCCUGGAGCGGCUUAUCUCAAGGGUAACCAGGGCCAGACACACAUGCAAGACUCGAUGGGUCGUCAGCUGAAGAGUCCGCUGAGCGCUGACAUGAGCCUCGGUCUGGCCAAGCAGGUGCAGUCGCAGCCCAGUCCACCGCAUCACAAGAACUACGGCGCGAACCAGGUGCUUCAGCAGCAGCAGCAGCAAUCUCAGCAGCAACAGCAGCAGCAACAGCGCCAGGUCGGCGGCGGCAAUGGUCCGAGCAUGAACGCCUUGGGCGGUCGCGGCAGUGGAGCGGUGGGCAGCGGCAGCGGCAACGGCGGAGGAGGAGGAGGAGGAGCUGGUGGGUCCCAAGUGGGCGGCAAUGGCGGCGGUAACGGCGUUGGCAGCGUGGGCCAAAGUGGCGGCGGCGGCCAGGGACGCUAUCCCACGCCCAUUCAGCGGCCCAACAACUAUCCGCAGCAUCCGCAACAACAGCAGCAACAACAGCAGCAACAGCAACAGCAGAGAGAGCAGGCGGCAGCUGCCGCCGUGGCGGCUCAGCGGGCACAGAAUAUGCGACAGGUGACCGGUGCCGGCGGAGGCGUGGCCGGAAGUGCAGGUGGCGGUGGUAGUCAAACACCAGUGGGACCGGCCGGCGGCAAUGGUGGCCCCGGUGGCGCAGGAGGAGGCGGUGGAGCUGGCGGUGCAGCAGGAUCAGGACCCGGAAAGCCCUACUAUGCGAAUAACGCUAGCGGAGCGGCCGUUGCGGCCAAUCGAGGUGAGUGGCAUGCGAACUGAGUGCCAGAUGGUCACCACCCAUCGACCAGCCGAUCCCAGCCACCCACCAUAACAAACCCGGAAUAACUAUGUACGAGUACGAAACAGAAACACAAUGAUGCAAAUUGAUAACGAAGGAGGAUGGCCAAGAGAAUGAGCAACAGCUGGAGGAAUGUAUUGCAUCCAAAACGAGAAUAUGAACGUAAACAGAGCAAGUCAGGAGUAAAACUAUAUAUGUGGAAUAUAAUCAAGUUACCGAGCGAGACACAGGCAUCCGAAUAAUAAGCCCACAAAAUAUGUGAAAGGGGCGAUGCGAGUAGAAUAGUGCUAUAGCUGUUUGGGGGAAUCCCCGUCACAAUCGCAAAAUGGCAACUCAGCUAAAUCACCGUAGCGAGGAGGAAAUUAAUUUAAAUCGCAAUUUGAAAGUAAGAAAAAAGUUAAGACGAAAGUUAAGAAUCAACAGGAAACGAGUAAGGAAUACCUAAAUGCAAGAAGAAAUAUUUAACAAAAAUGAACAGAAUACAACACCAUGCCACACCACAACACACACACACACACACAUGCAUACAUUUACAUAUACAUACAUACAUACAGAAUAGCAGAUUGUAUUUUUUGUCAAACAAAUUUACAUAAUAAUAUAUUACUUUUAUAUACUUAUGAUUUUUUGUAGUAGUCUUUCUCCUUUAAACAAAUCAAGAAAAACAAAACGAACCUUUGGCACUGCGUAUGCUUUAAUUUCUUUAUAUAUAAAUAUUGUUUACUUUUUUUGCAACCAACAAAAAAUUAACUAAUAAUUCUAAUUUAUGAUUAUGCUACAAUAUACAUUAUAUAUACCAUCUAUCUAUCCUAUCUAUCUAUAUUGAUAUCCAUAUUUCUGUGUAGACAGCGAAUAAGAGAGAGACAGACAAACAGAGAGAAAGAGACAGACAUAGACGGUCAAAAAGAGAGGGAGAGAGAAAGAGAACGAACGGAUAAGGACGAAAAAUAGAGUUUGUUUAAGCUAAGCGCAAAGUUAAGUUCAAACAGAAAACAAAUCCAUCGAAAUUUCUUUCUUUUUAACGACAACAACAACUAAUGCAACAAUUAGACACGACACUUGCGUAAGAAAUUGUACUCGGCGGACUCUAUAUUGUUAUAGUCAUGUGAAACUAAACCCUGAUCCUAACCUAAACUAAAACUAAAAAAGGGGGCGACAAUUUGAAAAUAGUGUUCAGCGCAAUCGCACACGGGUGGCAACGCCGCCGCAUCCCUCGCAGCCAGCGCUGCCACCUCGGCCGCUGUCGGCGAUAAUUAGUUAAUCGAUUAUCAUUAACCCGCCAGUUCUGCUGCAAUUUGAAAAUCACGAAAAAUGACGUUUAUGCUCAACGUAGAAUGCUAAUGGUGGGCAGGUGAGGAGGCAACAUGAAAUUUAAACGAUUUAUAUAAAUGUGUAAUUCAUUAUGUAACUGUAACUUAACAUGGAUAUGAUAUGUAUGGCAUAUAGUACACAAAAAAAAAAGAAGAACACAGGCAACCACACAUAAAUAUUUAUAUAUGUAUUUAGUCUCUAUAUAAAUAUAUAUAUAUAUAUAUUUAUAUAUAUACAUAUAUAUAGAUGCAAAAUCCAAGCGAAAAAAAAAACAAAAACACUCCAGCAAACAUUUUUAAGGAAAAGCAAAAAAACUCACAAAUAUAUCUCAGUAACCUUAAUUAAAACGAUUAUACUCGGAUCGAAACCCCGCGGAGUGGGACACGGAUCUCUAAACACCACGAAAGCCAAUGGUCGCAAGGACAUCCCUGCCACAUUCCGCAGGACUAUGCGUAGUAGAAUUAAUAAUUAAACAAUGCAAAUAAAAAUAAAAUGAAAAGCAUGAGCAAGGCACUUUUCGCUAGGCUUCUGAAAAGCAAACCGAAAUAAAAAACAGAAAACUAUAUAGCGAUAUUAAUUAGUCCACACACACACACACACAUGAACUCUCUCCCACACAUGCGCCCCAGCCAGGCCCACAUAUAAAAAACCCAAAAUAUUUGGGACGUUUGCUAUGCCAGGCAAUGUUUAGUUAUUAACAAAACCAAAUGCAAAAGCAAAGGAAAACAAACUGAAAUCGAAAGCAAACACAAAUUAAUGAAAAUGAUGAGUAAAGUAACAAAACAAGCUUGCUAUCACACAAUACAUGUAAAAGGUAUAUUAUAUAGCAUAUUGAUAAAUGAUAUAAACAUUAAUUUAUACCUAUAUUUUAAAUGCAUCAUCUGGUUUUUCGUGUCCACCAAAACAAGGAUAGCAAACAGCAUAAGCAUGAUAACGAUUACGAUAACGAUAGCGACGACGUUUAGGCCGGAAACGGAACGAAGAGGAAGUGUAGACGAUGGUGGAGAGAAUAGGAGAAGAGAAGUGAAGAGUACUUGGCAUAUAAAUGCAUACAAAUAUAUGUAAACCAUUUUUACAUUCAAUUCAUUCAAAUUAAUUUUUAGUAAUACUGAAUUUUCGAUAAACCGGGCCAGCAAACGCUACGCCCACCGCCCCGCCCCCCUCAAAAAAGUCCCUACCCACGAAAAUGAGGAAAUUUAAAGCAAGUUUGAAAUGAAAUAAAAACUUUAAAUAAAAUAUUAAAAACAGAAAACCAAAAAGG